CAACAGAUUGGGCCACAGAUGUCUCACUGCGCUGCGGGCUGAAGAGAUUUGCUAACCAUGUUUCUGUGAAGUGGGAGUGGGAAGGGUGAAAGGAAAUUGGAAAAGCUUUGUUGGAGGUGACCGUGUGUUUGCAGCGUGGACCUGGAUGCUUCUCUAAAGGACACCAUGGUCCCCCUGACUGUGCCACGGCUUCUCCUGCUUCACUCUGUCCUCGUGUGCAGCCCGGGCCUCCUCAAAGCCCAGUUUGAACUUUCACAAGGGCAGGUUUGAGCUGAUUUGCUUUGGCUGCAGAGCUAGGCCCUGAGUCUGGUACAGAAGGCUGUAGAAGUGUCCUCCCACCUGAGGGGGGCAGUAGCUGUCAUGCAGGACUCUGCCUCGGAUGGCAAGAUGGCCAAACAUGAUCAAGACUCCAAACCUCUAGAUGACUACAGGGACACAGAUGAUCUGUCAGAGAAGACCACCCCCAGCAAGAUGCCCAAAUCACCACAGAAGUCCUCCAAGCGGCCAAAGACUGCCCCUUUCAAGGUCACCCUUCUUGAUACCACCGAAUAUGAGGCAGCAAUCGAGAAGCACACCAAAGGACAGGUGCUGAUGGACAUGGUGUUUGAACAUCUCAACCUGCUUGAGAAAGACUACUAUGGCCUGACAUUCAGUGAUGCGGACAGUCAAAAGAACUGGCUGGAUCCAUCCAAGGAGAUCAAGAAGCAGAUGCGCACUGCUCCCUGGAACUUUGUCUUUGCUGUCAAAUUCUACCCCCCAGACCCCUCCCAGCUUACAGAGGACAUUACCAGGUAUUACCUGUGUCUGCAACUAAGGGAUGACAUGCUAUCAGGUCGCCUGCCCUGCUCCUUCGUCACCCACGCCCUCCUGGGCUCCUAUGCCGUCCAGGCCGAGCUGGGAGACUACGACCACGAUGACCAUGGCACCGACUACGUCAACGACUUCCGCUUUGCCCCCAACCAGACUCGCGAGCUGGAGGAGAGAGUGAUGGAGCUGCACCGCACCUACAAGGGUAUGACUCCAGCUGAAGCAGAAAUUAACUUCCUGGAGAAUGCAAAGAAGCUGUCGAUGUAUGGAGUAGACCUCCAUCAUGCCAAGGAUUCAGAAGGGAUAGAUAUCAUGCUGGGGGUUUGUGCCAAUGGACUGCUGAUCUACAGGGACCGUCUGAGGAUCAAUCGCUUCGCCUGGCCCAAGAUCCUCAAGAUAUCCUACAAGAGGAGCAACUUCUACAUCAAGAUCCGCCCUGGAGAGUAUGAACAGUUUGAGAGCACCAUUGGUUUCAAGCUCCCCAACCACCGAGCAGCCAAGAGACUGUGGAAAGUCUGCAUUGAGCACCACACCUUCUUCAGGCUGGUGUCCCCGGAGCCUCCCCCCAAGGGGUUCCUGGUGAUGGGCUCUAAGUUCCGUUACAGUGGGAGGACCCAGGCCCAGACCCGGCAGGCCAGCGCCCUCAUAGACCGGCCUGCCCCUCACUUUGAACGCUCGGCCAGCAAGAGGUACUUGCUAUCUCGCAGCUUGGACGGAGCAGAGUUCUCCCGACCGGUCUCGGCAAUGUGUGGGAACCAAGACGAGCUGUUUCAGCGCAGUGUCAGUGGUCACCCCCACGUACACAGCCCCUCGGGGGAUGAGCAGGACACUGAGCUGGAACCCAGUCUGGACCAGGACCAGGACCAGGACGAUGAGCACGACCUGGAUCAGAAGGAGGAAGACGUGGAGGACCAGGAAGAGGUGACCACUCCCAGCAGAAAGAGGGAAAUUAAGCCCCCUCAGUUGGACCAGGAGACCACCCCUCGGCACAAACAGGAGUUUUUGGAUAAGCCUGAGGAUAUGUUGCUGAAGCACCAGGCCAGCAUCAACGAGCUGAAGAGAGCGCUGAGGGAGCCCAAGUUGAUGAACCGUGAGAAGCGUCUGUCAGGGUCCUCCCCAGGCGGCACCCCAGAGAAGAAGGCUGAGGGAGGACUGGACCCUGUAAACAGUAUAUCUGUUGAGGGCUUCACCCAGAAGACUGUGGUCACUUCCCCAGAGGGCUCUGAGGAGUGGGUAUUGAUUGAGAAACAAGACACUUAUCAGGACCCUGACUGGAAAGCAGAGAAGGAAAAGAACAAAACUCGCACCUCACCUCCUCCAUUAAUGGCUGACUCCUCCUGGGAGAGAAAGAAAAAACCAGAGAAAGAAAGAGAUAAAGCCAAGAUGAUACAUAUUGAGGUUACAGGAGAUGAUGGGAAAGAAACGAGAACCUGUAUAGAUGACUUUACCUCGUCCAUAUCUAAGGAAGCCUGUGAACAUCCUGAACAAAGGUUGAGUAACAGCAGUCGUUUUGUGGUGGCAUUAGCAGACACCCCUGAAUCUCCUGAAAGGGAUUCUCGACGUAAAACACCCCCGGCUUCCGAUCCCUCUCCAAAGAAUGACAUGGUUCCAGACCCACACAGGGGAAAGGAGCAGGAGCCCCACAGAAACAGAAAAAAGCGGAGACCUCAGAGUUUAAACCUGGGAAUGUCCACAGAAUUCAUCUAUGAGAAAGAGGGGGAUGGCUCCAAUGAAGAGGACGAGGCAUCUGACGGGGAGGAGAGGUCUUCAGAGCUAGAGGGACCAGUCUUUCAUCCUGAGAGGCGAACAGCAGGAUCAGAACAAAGAGAACUUGGCCCUCUUCAAGAUGACCAAAGAUCAAGCGAGACGAAGCAGAAGGCUGGCCCUGUGUUUGAUGACUACCAGCUAGACCAUAGCACCGUAUCGGUAGGCGAGGACAGGGAAACUUCUCCUCAUGAGAUAAUAAAUCCUGACACAAGAAUGGACCCAAAGAGUCCAUUUACUGAAAGCCAGUCAGCAGACCAAGGACUAGGACCAGUGAAUGGCCCGGGAAAGGCUGAGCCUGACAGUUUGCCUGCACAGUUUAAAGAUGAGUCCCAGGUCAGACAGAAAUGCAUGGCUGACAGUAGAGACUCCACAGUGUCACAGCUGAGACAGGUCAGGACACAUGAGAGAAAGGCCAGCAGCUCUGGGGGAGAGGAUAUUGAAGGUCUUGCUUCAGACAAGGGUCAGAGAAGGUCCUUUCAGAGACUGUCGGGCAGCAGUCAGUCAGAAAUAACCAGGAUUGUUCCUCUCAAGCCUGAGAGAUCAAAGAGUGUCGCCUGCAAGGAUGAGAAAGACAGAGAGACAGAAUGUGAGAGUUUUAAGGAGAGGAUUUUGAGACGAGAGUAUCGUUGGUCAGUUGGUUCUCCAGAGGGAUCCGAGUGGACGGACAUUCCCACGUUUCAUCCUGCGUUUACCCUGCCGUCUUCCAGCUCCAUUGCCACUAGCGCUUAUCCAGGACAACAGGUCCACUCUCUAACCUCCAUUCAGAGAGACAUGCAGCAGCACCCAGAGGAAUGGGGCCUCGCUGAUGUGGCAGGUAAAGUGGAGGAUAAAACGGAAGAGUUGGUUCAGUCGCAAAGUAGAGCUGCUUGGGAGGAUGCGUACCAGCCAGCGAGGGGACCCACAGAGAGUCAUCUUCUCAGCUCAAAGGCUUCAGCGCUUUCGAAAACGGCUCCUCCUGCCCCACCAGUGAAAACACAGAAGGCCAGGGAGUCUGGACUCAUACUCCGGAACAGCCGCAAUGCCAGCAGGGAGCCUGGCCAGGACGGUGCCAAGAAGAGACACUCGGAGCCUCUCUCCACCACUGCCAUUUACGAAGAGCAGCUAGCUGAUAUCAAGAGGGAACCCUGGGAGAGGAGGCCUCGGCCGGGCUCUGUUUCCGAGGAGGACCAGGAGCGUGACACUAGCGUCUGCAUGAAGGAGACCCACCUGGGCAUCGAGCGCAAAUGCUCCAGCAUGACGGUCAGCUCCACGUCCAGCCUGGAGGCGGAGGUGGACUUCACUGUGAUCAUGGACCUCCACUCAGAGGUGGGGCAGUUCUCCGAGGGUAUGUCAGAGCUAGGAGCCAAGGAACACCAGCCGGAGGUGGGCCGGGAGGACUUUGAAGAAACCUCCAAGUUCUACUCGGCCCGUCUCAUGGGCUCCCAUGACAAGUUCCCUGUAGAGCAGAGGCCCCCAGAGGAGCGUGUGCAUCAUGAGCCCCCCGUGGCCAGGAAAGACGCUAGUGCUGUGAAUGUUGCCCACAUGAUGAGGAAGGCUGACUCCAGGACUGAGACACACACUAAUGGCUCUGAGCCCACCAACCACAGCAUGGAUGGCUCUCGUCAGCAAAUGGAGGAUGACAUCACCUGUUUGGAGACAAAAGCCUCCUUCACUGACGUUGCUGAGCCACUAGAGGGUGAUGUGGCAAUGUUAAGCAGAAAGGAGACAGCUGCUGCCAGCAAAGAGAAUGGAUCCCCUGUGAAAGCAACUCUCCUGGGGAGAGAAUCUUUAGUGUCCCCGCUGACUGUCACUGCUGAAAAUGUCACCUCAGCGACCACCACUCAAGUUACCAAGACAGUGAAAGGGGGCUACUCAGAGACCAGGAUUGAGAAACGGAUCAUCAUCACCGGAGAUGAUGAUGUGGACCAGCAUCAGGCCCUUGCCAUGGCCAUACAGGAAGCCAAGCAGCAGCACCCUGACAUGCUGGUGACAAAAGCAGUGGUUGUCAGGGAAACAGAAUCGCCAACUGAGGAGAAACACAGAAAAUCUGAGUCCUGAUUGCUCCUGGUGGCUCCUGGGACUGGGGACAGGAGUUGGGCCUUGUCGUCAGUAGCCUGACCCACCCUACAGUACUGUAAGCCACCACUGCAAGAGGACUACCUGCCCUACAGUGUAUACAACACCACAGGCCGUGCUACAACACAACACACCUCCUCUUUCCGUCCCUUUAGCCAAAACCGACUGUGAUUUUGCCUCCAACCCAACAUGGCCUCCCCAAUCCCCCCAGACCUAGACCUCCUCCUCUGGAACAUGCCCCUUCUGGGAUUCCUAUCCAGCUUUGUUCUAGUGUUGAGAACUGAGGUGUAGGCUGCAGUGUUUAUAGCACCAAAAACUUGUACAUGACAAAGAUAUUGCUAUUGUUUGCAUUCUCACAAGUGGGAGGUCUGUCUUACUUUGAUUGACAUGGUGGUUCAUGGUAGUUCAAAUAUUAUUUGGCCCUUGAUUUGUACAGAUUUAUUGGAUCCGUUACAAUACAACUGGCCGUGCCACGAUGUUACCCACCUUGAGUUAAAGCGAAUUGACUCCACCCCCCCAGCAAACAUUGAUUUACUUGUAACACCCGAUCAUAAAUAUUACAGGAAGUCAAUACCCCCCCACUUAUAUAUUGCUCUCACAUAUGGUUACCAUGGAGAUGCUAUAUGCUGACAACAUGCAUUUAGCAUGAAAGAGGGGGUUUAGUUGAUAAGAGGGAUGGGGGGAGGGGACAGGUAGGAUGCAUUAUGGGGCCAGUGGUGAUGGCCAGCCUUUAACGCUUGUUGUUACAAAAGUGACACAUAUAUUCAACAGCUCUCUUAUUAGCUUUUUACAUUUUUAAUAACAACAGAAGAUCAAAUUUAUGCCCUGUGUUUGCUUGUUUAUGAAAUGAAUUAGAUGAUCAUAAUCACGUGCAUGAUUCAAAAUAGUGUUGGGAAUGAGAAA